AGUUCCUGGACAGCUUCAAUGGGCAGCCAUGUGAUUUAGAAACUCCUGCAGCCUCGGAAUUCUGGUUGCGGGGGGCGGGGGAGGAGAAGACUUAAAACCUUGGAAGUUUUCAGCCCAUUGUCAAUCCGAGCUUGGUUUGAGGACUACAGCUGUCUAACGGUGAUUCCCCCGCCACCGUCUUGCCUGAGAUGCAUAAAUUACGUCGCAGGGAGCAGAAUUCCCGAAGGAGGGCAGUGCAGCCCCCCUCCCCCUAGCAGAGUGGUAGCUCCCAUUCAGAACUCUCUCUCUAUUCUCACGCUGAGUUAUGUGGCGGAAGACCCGCAGAUAACGGGAAAGAACACUUGAGGUGCCAGCCGCUUCGUAGCGGGGAGCCUCAUUUUUUACUUUCCUGGCUCCAGUUUCUCCCCCUCUCUCCCCUUCCUUUCCUUUUCCUUUCUGGAGGGACAGACCACGAAGAUGGAUGGAGUCUUCCUAGGCUGGACUGCUUUGCUGUGGCUAACAGCUGUGACUGAAGGGCUUCAGGUCAUGGUGCCGGAAAAGAAAAAGGUGGCCAUGCUCUUUCAGUCUGUCGUGCUUCGAUGCCACUUUUCAACUUCCUCCACACAACCAGCUGUGGUGCAGUGGAAGUUCAAAUCAUAUUGCCAAGACCGCAUGGGAGAAGCUCUGGGAGUGGUCUCUGCAGGCUUACAGGCUGUGAGCAAGAGGAACCUGGAAUGGGAUCCAUACUUGGACUGCGUGGACAGCAGAAGAACGGUCCGCAUUGUGGCUUCCAAGCAGGGCCCGUCGGUCACAGUUGGAGAAUUCUACAAGGGAAGAGAUGUCACCAUUCUCCAUGAUGCAGACCUCCACAUUGGAAAACUGAUGUGGGGAGACAGUGGGUUGUAUUACUGCCUCAUUAUCACACCUGAUGAUGUGGAGGGCAAGACGGAAGAGUCAGUGGAGCUGCUUGUUCUGGGCAGGACAGGGCUGCUUGCUGAUCUCUUGCCCAGUUUUGCUGUGGAGAUUAUGCCAGAGUGGGUGUUUGUGGGCUUGGUGAUCCUGGGCGUCUUCCUCUUCUUCCUCCUGGUUGGGAUCUGCUGGUGCCAGUGCUGUCCUCAUAGCUGCUGUUGCUACGUCCGCUGCCCCUGCUGCCCAGAUACCUGCUGCUGUCCACGGGCACUGUAUGAAGCAGGAAAGGCUGCGAAGGCUGGAUACCCUUCAACCGUUACAUCAAUCCCUGGGCCUUAUUACAUUCCCUCUGUCCACUCUGCGGCUGGAGUCCCAUCUCAUGCUGUCCUGAUGGAGAAGUCACACCUUCCUCCCUUGGCAGCAAGUGAAUCCAGCGCAGGAGGACAAAGUGUGCGGAAAGGCUACCGUAUCCAGGCUGACAAAGAGAGAGAUUCUAUGAAGGUGCUGUACUAUGUCGAGAAAGAACUGGCUCAGUUUGACCCAUCGAGGAGGAUGCGAGAGAGAUACAAUAACACCAUCUCAGAGCUCAGCUCCUUGCAUGAGGAAGAUGCCAACUUCCGCCAAUCUUACCGCCAGGUGCGCAGGAAGCCGCUUCCCCCUUCAGGAGACAUGGAUGGUGAUGCAGAAUACUGGGCAGGAGUCAUCAAUGGAGGUGGCACAUCUAGGCCACAGACAUGCUCUGAUUACAGGGCAGAGAGGGGCAGCCUGAGGCUCAGCCAGCAGAGAUGCAAGUCAGAAAUGCUCUCAAGGAAGAGUUUCUCCAUGGGAGUGCCGGCUGUCUCCAUGGAUGAACUUGCAGCCUUCGCCGAGUCCUACAGUCAGCACGUCUGUCGGACAGAAGGCCCUCAGGAGCCCCGGCGCUUUGAGAGGACAGGAUCCAGAGGAGUACGUGGAGGUGCAGUGCAACACCCAGAAAACUCAUCCGAUGAGUAUUAUGGCAAGCACAGGGCAGGAAACCGUGAGCCAUUGACAGAUUCGGAUCGGGGCUGGACAUAUAGCCCACCCAGGAGACGUGCCCACGAAGAGAAACACUUGCCUAGGCUAGUGUGUCGGACACCGGGAGGGAGUCAGAAGUACGACCACUCCUACCUUACCAGUGCCCUUGAGAGGAAAUCGCGAAGCUAUGAUGAAGGUGGUGAUCAUGGCGGGACACCUUCAAAGUUUAGCUCGCAAUCCAGCCAGAGAGGAGGGACAUAUUAUGCUUGGUCGCCACCAUCCACUUACAAACCAGGGCAGCAGCAGCAGCAGCAGCAGCAGCAACCUCCACAGCAAGAGGAAGGGGAAGACACUCUGCCGCCAUACAGCGAACGGGAGUUGAGCCGAGGCCCUUCAUACAGAAGCAGAGAACAACCAAGCCUGAAUAACUCAGAUAAGAAAAGGAAGAAAGAACCCAAGAAAACAGUGAGGCCAUGUCUGACACUCCUGAUCCAAAUGGGCUGAGCAAGAAUCACCAGAAUGAGUUCCCAACAAGGAUGUCCCUCGUGGUGUGAUGCUGUUGUAGAAGAGUUGUGUUAAUGGACUUGGAAAACAGAAACAGUGAUACUGCUGAGUCACACAGGCUUCCAAGAUGUGUGUUCUCACCUGAUAAUAUUCAGACUCUUGUCUGUUUCAUCAUGUGAAUAGAGAUCUUGUGCAGAAGCUAGUUCCAACCAGUUGCUCUCAUCCAGUCAACCCCUUGGAAAGGGGAAGCUCAGUUGACAAGGAAAUGAAACAUGGAGAAGAUUUCUUUUGCCAAGCUCAUCUUCUGAUCUCCCAGCAAAGAUGGUGUCUCCAUAUUUUUAUCCUCAGUCAUCUUUGAACCCACAGUAUUAUGGGAGCUGCUUUCUUGUAUGAUAUAUAUUCCUUCCCCGAUAUGACUGACUUCUCACUUGUACUGCUCUGCAUCCUAGAUUUGACAGGGAAAGUUGCCACAGGUUCAAGGGGCUCUCACCAUUUGCUCUUUCUUCCCAUGCUGAGACUUCUUGAAAAGGCAUUUUCAAGAAAUACUGCAAAAUCAAUUCUACACCCAUCUGGAAAUGAUCCCAAACUGAGAACUGGGGCACUGCACUAAGGAGGACAGGGUAAUAUUGAGGAACAUAUUGGAGUUCCUGUAAAAAAUUUUUUAAAAUGUCCUUCUCAUUCAGGAAUGGGAGCCACCAGUGAGAUUAAUGUUUUGUUUUGAAAGUGAAACUUAGUAGAUUUUGCUGUAAUGAGAAUGUGCCAUGUUAUUUCACUGUUGUCUGAUAUGAUGUAUCAGCAUUGCCUUACAGUUGAACUAUAGCCAUAAAAGGCUUCAGCUAGUUCUGCUGAUUGGUCCUUUCGUAAGCAGAGCUCAAGCUUGGGUUCUGCUGACAAUGAUUUUUUUUUCUUAAUAAAGCCAACUAGUAGACAACAACAGACCUAGAAUGAGAAAAUCAGGGUGCAAAAGAGGGGAAAAUAGCCAUUGCUUUUAUACUUCUACAAGGACCAAUAUUGCUCCUUUUCUGGUAAUUGGCUGCGGCCAUUCAAUAAGGCAACAGAAAAUUUGAACAAUAAAUAGGUUGGGUGAAACACCAGCUUUGAAAGUUA